AUGUUAAGAGACCUUUGUGUGGGCUCCUUAAUCAAGUCCUUCUACCAGCCUUCUAUGAAGGACAGAGCGCCGCGGCGGGUCAUCGUGCAGGCGUCCACGGGCGAGCUGCUGCGCUGCCUCGGCGAUUUCGUGUGCCGACGCUGCUACCGCCUCAAGGAGCUGAGCCCCGGCGAGCUGGUGGGCUGGUUCCGCGGCGUGGACCGCUCGCUGCUGCUGCAGGGCUGGCAAGACCAGGCCUUCAUUACGCCCGCCAACCUGGUGUUCGUAUACCUGCUGUGCCGCGAGUCGCUGCGCGGGGACGAGCUGGCGUCGGCCGCCGAACUGCAGGCCGCCUUCCUCACCUGCCUCUACCUCGCCUACUCCUAUAUGGGCAACGAGAUCUCUUAUCCGCUCAAGCCCUUCCUCGUGGAGCCCGACAAGGAGCGCUUCUGGCAGCGCUGCCUGCGCCUCAUCCAGCGGCUCAGCCCGCAGAUGCUAAGGCUCAACGCCGACCCCCACUUCUUCACGCAAGUCUUUCAAGACCUCAAGAACGAGGGCGAGGCCGCGGCAGGCACCGGGGGUCCACCGAGCGGAGGCGCGUCCACCACCUCUUCCUCGACCGCCAGGGACAGCUGCGCGGCCGGAACCAAGCAUUGGACUAUGAACUUGGACCGCUAGGGAUUCCCAGGGGCCGCGCCCGCCCCCCGCCCCAGCCCCUCACACACACCCGGAAGCCCCGGGACCAUCAAGCCUCCGCCGCUAUUAUCGCCGCUCUAUGCCCAGGCUGGGCCGAGGAGGAGCCACCCCUGCCCCGCAGGGGAAGGUGGAGGCUAGGACGCCAGAGGCCGCGGUGUCUGGAUUUGCUGGGCGUGGGGUGGGCGUGGGGGAUGAUCGCGGGAAGGGCACCCCCAACUUCGUUCACCCUUUUAGUCUGUCUGCGCCUCCAUCUUUCCAUUUCUGCCCGGGUCUUCCUCUCUUCCCUGCUGUGGCCAUCUCUAAGUUCAUCACCCUGGGUUUUGCCAGUUCCUCACCUUUCUGUUACUUCAUCCUUCCUUCUCUCUGCUGCCUCCUUCUCCCUGCCUUUUCAUUGGUUUCCCUGGGCUUUCCCCUUCCCCACCUUACCCCCGAGCCCGAUGGUACCCUGUUGCCUGCCCUUGCUUCUCCUGCACCUGUGUUGCCAUGUAUCCUUCUUGUUCUUAUUCCUUCCUCCUGUCAUGUGUCACCACCUUCUCCCCUGUUUGUCUUGCCUCUCUACUUGAGUCAUCCUGCAUCCCCCCAACCCCCGCCCCCAGAUUCUGCACUCCUCUCCCCAGAUCAAAAAGACCCUUAGUUUUUUAUUUGGAUGGACUGAAAUGAGACAAGAAUCUGCAGUCCCAGGUGCCCAGGCAAAGAUCAGGGUGGUCUUUUCCCUCACCCCCACAGUCUCUCCCCACCUUUCCAACGUGUUGCAUGCUGGGAGUUAAGGGGGGAAAGGCUGAUGCCUUCACUCAGGAGGCUGAGAUUUGAGGGCAAGAUCUAACCUGGUAGAGUACCUCGCUUGCAGCGGUGGUGUCUUCUCUGUGGAUGGAUAGAAAGAGAAAGAAACCUCUUCUUACCCUGGGGGAGGGGCGCCCUCUUCCUUAACCUUAGAUUUCUUGUUAUAUCCCCUCCCCACACUUUAAUUUAUUUCGCUGUUUUAGGAGGGAGGGUGGGUGGGGAGGGGGCUGGGCCGGGAAUUGUCCGAGGUGCUGAGCUGGGCGGGACCGGAAUCCUCCUGGGAGAGUACCAGGAACUGGGUUGGGCCUGGGGCCGUGUCCAAGGUGCCAAUGAUGCGGGCCGACGGCGCGGGCCGCACUAUCUGUCUGUCCGUUUGUCCUGGAGAGAACUAUAAAGCGCUGGAAGCGCCUACA